UUUAUUUAUCUUGGAUUUAAGUACUCACUCCUUCCAAAUAAACUCUUUUUGCUGUCCCUUUUGAAUGAUAUAUAUUCAGAUCAUCUUGACUCCUCAUCUUUUGCCAGAUAAACGCUUCGUAAUUCUACAGCCAUGGUUGUAACACAGGAGCAUGAGGAGCCCAGUGGGUGGCCCCUGGGGCUUGAAAACAUGAAUAUAAGACUUAGGGUGGCUGAGAGAUCUCAGGUUGUAACAGCUGCAGCUGCAGCAGAAGAAGCAGCAUACCGAUUGUACAUAUCUUCACCUAGCUUCUCAUCUUUUUCAUCCUCCAACCUUGACACUGAGUCCACAAUGUCUUUCUUCCAAGAUCAAAGUGUUUCUCUUGGCCGACUUAUCGGAAUCAGACCAGUAAACAGACGAAAAUCGGACGUUACAAACAGAGCCCACCUUGAGAAAAAUGAGAACGUUUCUGCUAGACGAUCAGAGUUAGAGGAUUACAAGUGCCAAGAAGGGGAUAUGUCACAGAAACUUUGUGUUCCAUUGCUACAUAAUGUGUUAGAGAAGAUGAGUCGUAAUAAGAGUAAUACACCUAAACACUGAGUUUUCUUACAAUUUAGGCCAGUCGGCAGUCACCAUAAUGAUUGUGACACUAGAAUGAAGUUUCUUGUCAAUUCUGUUUCUUCUUUGUAUUUUACUAAUAAAAUUGUACUUAUUGAGUAAAUAACACAGAAUUGUUAACAGUUGAAUACGAA